UGUAGUGUAAACAUGCAAAAUUGCCUCUGAAAGCAAAGAACAAAUGUGGCAAGACAAGAAGGAGCACCUUCACAGAGUUUAGAGAGAAAGGAGAAAGUGACUUGUAUAGACUUGCUUGUUUGCAAUAGAAACUAAUCAAGAGUGAUGUGGCACGGCACACCCAGAUAUCUCAAACAUACAGGUAACUGUAAUUUGAAUUCAUUCGGAAGAGAAAGUGACUUGUGACCUGUAUAGCCUUGCUUCUUUGCAGUAGAAAGCGCCAAACGAGCUGACGCAGCACACUCAGAGAAACUUAAAACAAAUACAUUUUACAGUUUGCUGUUCAAAACAUGGAAACUCAAGACCCUGCUGUUGUUGAGGCAGUAAAGGCUUCAGGCGAAUCAACCUUGGAAAAGGCUACAGCAAAAGCCAAAGAAGCAUUUGACCAGUUUAUGAAUGUCUCACUUAACAUCGCUGUGACUGGAAACACAGGAUCAGGAAAAUCCUCCUUUGUAAAUGCACUAAGAGGUCUAAAUGAUGAUGAUGAUGGAGCAGCACUUACUGGGGUCACAGAAACUACAAUAGAGCCAAACAUGUAUGAGCAUCCUGCAAUGCCAAACGUGAAGAUCUGGGACCUGCCUGGAAUAGGAAGUCCAAACUUCAAAGCAAAUAAAUACCUUAAAGAUGUCAAAUUUAAAACCUACGACUUCUUCAUUAUUCUUACCUCGGCGAGAUUCACGGAGAACGAUAUCAUGUUGGCCAAAGAAAUAAAAAAACUGAAGAAAAACUUUUACUUUGUUCGCUCAAAGAUUGACAACGACAUUUCAGCAGAAAAAAGAAAACAACCCUUUGAUGAACAGAGGGUUCUUGACACAAUAAAACAGGACUGUCAGAAAAAUCUGAAAACACUGGGAAAGCCCAACGUUUUCUUGAUAUCAUCUACAGAUUCAAACAAAUAUGAAUUUGAAAACCUUCUAAAUGCACUCUUUGAAGAGCUUCCAGAACUCAAACAAUCAGCUCUUCUACAAGCCUGUCCGGUGUGCUCUGCUGCAUGUCUUGAGAAGAAAAUCAAGAUGUUUGAACGUAUGAGCUGGGCUGUAUCUCUCGCCUCUGCUGGUAUAGCUGUGAUCCCCGUGCCUGGUCUAUCAGCAGCAUGUGAUUUGGCCAUUGUGGUUCUUUUUCUCACAAGGUGCUACUUUGCAUUUGGUUUAGAUGAGAAAUCCCUGACAAGGCUUUCAGAAAAAGUAAACAAGCCCCAUCUGAAAGAUAUGGCCAAAUCAAAGUUUGUCAUUGCCAUCCGAGAAAAAGCUCUGACCAGAAUACAGGUCUCUGCUGCAAUUGCUACCAUUGGUACUGUUGAGUAUUUCUUGAGCCUGCUUCCAGGUCUGGGCAGUGCUGCUGCUGCAGGAAUAUCCUUUGCAACGACGAAGUACCUCCUGACAGAAGGAUUAAAUGAUCUGGCAAAAACUGCUCGAGAAAUACAAAAAGAAGCUGGGCUGGAAAAUGUGUUUAAAUAAUUUCGUUAAGAAUGUAUUUUGUGUUCACAUUCUGAUCAUUGAUUUAUUUCCUAUAAAGCAUAUACAUAUUUUCUGCAUCUUUCAUUGAUAAAAGGAUGAUUGUUGGUAGUCUGUCAAUAUUUAGCUAAGCAAACAAAAUAUGUCUUGAUAAUAAAAAGCAAAUGUUAAUGUAGUGCAAUAUAUUACAAUUAGUAGACAGUUUUCAGUCUAACAAUCAAGUACAAUACCUAAUUUCUUUUUUAAAAACAUUGUUUACUUGUAUACCAUUUACACCUUUCUACUUCUCAAUAAUAAACUUUAAUUACUUAAUUAGUUGUCAUUUAACUUUAUUUUUACUGGGAUGGGAUUAGAUUUUACCUAUCACAAAUAUUGUAUAAUGACUCAAACUUAACAAAAUUCUAACAUAUGUUUUAUUCUUUUUGGGGCUUAGUUCUUUUUAUAAUAUUUCUUUUUGUAUAUUAGUUCAGUAAUAUUUGUACUUUUUAACCAUUUGAAAUAUUUUACGAACUUCAAUAAUAAAAAUGAACUUAUUGACAGGAGUUGAUUUUCAGGGUGUUUUAGAUAUCCAGACAGAGGAAUUUUUGUUCUAUUAUCCAGAAUGUAUGUGGUGUGUGGUUUCCUAUAAGUAUGAAUCUAAAUAAAAAAAAUUAAUAAAC